CUCUUAUCUAAUUGGGCUCAGUGAUCUUUGACAAAUGGCUUCGGGAUUGUCGCAUUGCCGCUGAGGAUUUGCCAAAGUAGAUAGUGUGCCUCAUUUUGUGCAGGGUUUUCAUUAGGGCAUCCAUCGUCCUCAUUAUUCAAGAUGGCUGAUUCAAGGGGUGAUUCUGGAAGCACGAGUAGUUAUAGAAGUGGAAGUUCGCGGCGAACGAAUGGUGAGAUGAGAGACUUCAUGGGUUCAGAUGGUGGAAGAUUCAACAAGGAAGGAAAAUAUGGUGAUCCACCCAAUUCUAGACUCUUCAUCGUUUGUGGGAAGUCAAUCACAGAAGAUGAUUUCAGAGAGUGUUUUUCCAAAUAUGGAACUGUCUCGGAAGUAUGGGUUGUGAAGGACAGAGCAACAGGUGAACCUAAGGGUGUCACUUACAUCAAAUUCAGCAAGACAUCUGAGGCAGCUUUGGCCAUGGAGGAAAUGAACGGCAGGUGCAUCGGUAAUCACCCACGGCCACUUAAGGUCCUCAUCGCACACAGCCGAGAGCAGGGGUCGCGGCGCGAGCAGAACGAGGAGGAGCGUCUGCUGCGGCUGUUCGUCGUCGUGCCGCGCGCCAUGACAGAGGCGGAGCUCAGGGAACACUUCCAGACGUUCGGCGACAUCGACUACGUGUCCAUCGUCAAGGACCGCACCACAAAGGAGAGCAAGGGCUUCGGCUACGUCAAAUAUCACAGGAUGUCGCACGCGGCCAAGGCGUACGAGAACUGCGACCGCUCGUUCAAGCCCAUGUUUGCCGACCCAAAACCGCAGAAGGACAUGCGGAACGACGGCAUGAUGCUCUCGGGCCCGGGCAGCUCCGUGUCGUCCUCCGGCUUCGACAUGAUGGCCUACACGCCGCCGUCCGGCAAGAUGGCGCCGCUGCCGCCAAUGGAGGCCACGCCGCCAGCCGAGGCGUGCACGCGGCUAGGCGUGGUGGCCUCACCCACACUCAACCAGGACCAGCUCUGGAAGCUGUUCGACCUGGUGCCCGGCCUGGACUUCAUCGACCUGCGGCGCGACAGGAAGUCGGGGCAGGGCUUCGCGUCCGUGCAGUUCAGCAGCAUCCAGUCGGCGGCGUACGCCAAAGAGAAGCUACACGGCUUCGAGUACCCGCCCGGUCACCGGCUGAUCGUCAAGUUCGACCCCGGCCACGACAUAAUGAUGGGCCAGCACUCGAUGAUGCCGCCGCCGCCGAUGAUGCCGCGCAUGCCGAUGAUGCCGCCGCCGCAGCAGCCGGGCGGCGUCGGAAACGGCUCGUCGGCGCUGUCGCCGGCUGGCGCGGCGCGGCCGUCCGGCAACCUGCAGACGGACCUGGCGCACCUGGCCGAGACGAUCGCGCAGGCUACCUCGCUCAUCCAGGCCGCCGGCAUCAACCCGCACGGCGCCGGCGCCGACGCGAACGCCGGCUCGCCCAUGUCCGGCGCGUCGGCCCUGCCGCCCGGCCCGACCGGCAUGGUGAUGUUCGAGCACUACGACCCGACCUACUGCUCGGCCAAGCUGCCGGCGGCGCAGCCGCUCGCAGCGCUCGACUCCACCGUGGCAGAGAGGCUAUUCAUCGUCUGUCAUCCGGCGCCGCCGCCGCCGUACGCGCUGAAGGAUGUGUUCGCCCGCUUCGGCAACCUCAUCGACAUCUACAUCCUGAACGGCAAGACGUGCGGCUACGCCAAGUACGCGUGCAAGGAGUCGGCCGACAAGGCGAUCCAGACGCUGCACGGCCAGGAGCUGUGCGGCGCCAGGCUGAAGGUGAUGCCCGCCGAGCCGCAGGACAAGGUCGACACCGGCCGGAAGCGCAUCAAAAUCGACGACCAGCAGUUCUGAGGAAAUCAAACGCUGGACAGGUGUCUCGUGAGCAGGCGCGGUCGGCUGGCGCCAAGGUGACCCGCUCGAUGGAAACCAGGAAACGAUCAAUACGGCGGCAAGAUGGCGGCGACAGACGCCCUCGGUCGGAUGACGUCACUGCUGGC